AUGCUAGAAGUGAUGGCGAUGCCGAUUGGAGACUGGGAUCCUGCCCUGUCGAAAUUAUUGUCGUCUUUAGAAGAAGCGAAAACCGAUUUAUCGACAACCGAAGAAGAAUUUACCUUCUUGAGUGAACUUCUUCAAUCUAAAGAAUUACAUGCAUUAGUAAAAGUUCAUAAUAAAAUAUUAAACAAUGGGAAAGAUGAAAAAUUUCAUCCAACUUUGUCCAAUGCAAUGCAGAUAGCUUUAGAAGUUCUGGAUGUCAUGGCUCCAAAAACAGUACUUAUUGAAGAUGCCAAAGAGGUGUUCCUUAUUUUACAAAAGCCUCAUAUCCAGGGAUUGCUAUGUGCACAUGAUGCAGUGGCACAAAAAGAUUACUUUCCUAGAUUACCAGAGAUUCCUCUUGAAGUCGAUGAAGAUGAAGAAACCAUCAAAAUCGUACAGCUUGUUAAAAGUAAUGAGCCGUUGGGUGCAACUAUAAAGGCUGAUGAAGAAACUGGUAAAAUUAUAGUUGCUAGAAUAAUGCAUGGUGGUGCAGCUGAUAGAAGCGGUUUAAUACAUGUCGGUGAUGAAGUUGUUGAAGUGAAUGGGAUAAAUGUCGAAGGGAAAACACCAAAUGAUGUUCUUAAAAUUUUGCAAAAUUCUGAGGGAACAAUCACUCUAAAGCUAGUCCCUGCAGACAGUAAACAUAAUAUAAGAGAAAGCAAAGUAAGAGUAAGGUCUCAUUUCGAUUAUAACUCAUCUGUUGAUCCAUACAUACCGUGCAAAGAAGCUGGAUUGGAUUUUAAAAAAGGAGAUGUUUUGCAUAUAGUCAGUCAAGAUGAUGCUUAUUGGUGGCAAGCCAGAAGAGAAGGGGAUCGUAAUAUGAGAGCUGGAUUGAUUCCUAGUCGAGCACUCCAAGAAAGGAGAAUUUUACACGAACGUGCUCAAACAGACAAAACCAAAGAUGAAGCUUUAGCCUCGAUAUCCCUUCCCGGCUGCCAGUCCCCAAAAUCACCUCGUUGCACUCUCACGUCCCGUUCAAAAACUAAAACUAUUAUGUAUGACACUGCAGAGAAUGACGAUUUUGAUCGCGAAGAAAUACCCACGUACGAAGAAGUUGCCAAAUUAUAUCCCAGAACUGGAUUAAAUCGACCAAUCAUUCUCAUAGGACCACCUGGUAUUGGCCGUAACGAACUCAAAAGACGACUCAUCGCCACGGAUACGGAAAAGUACAAAACGCCAACUCCAUUUACAUCUCGAUCGGUCAGACCCGGCGAAGUCAACGGAAGAGAAUAUAAUUUUGUAACAAGAGAAGAAAUGGAAAAAGAAAUCGAAAGUGGAAAAUUUAUAGAAUUUGGAGAAUACAAGGGAAAUUUAUACGGGACGUCUUCGGAAAGUGUGAAAUCUCUCGUUAACGCCGGUUACGUCUGUAUUUUGAAUCCUCAUUAUCAAGCAUUGAAAAUGUUAAGAACACCUCAGUUAAAGCCUUUUAUUAUAUACAUUAAACCGCCAUCAUUUGAAGAACUCAAAGAAUCUCGUACGUCUGCUCAUGCUAGAAGUACAUUUGACGAAUCAAAUUCUAGAGGUUUUACGGACGAUGAAUUUCAUGACAUUAUUAAAAGUAGCGAAAGAAUUGAAUUUUUAUACAGUCAUUUGUUCGAUGAAGUCAUAAUCAACUCCGAUUUAUCUUCUGCCUUUGAACAACUUUUGCGAAUCGUUCAUAGAGUCGAAAGCGAUCCACUCUGGGUUCCAGCAUCUUGGGUUCAGUAA